AUGCGGUCAGCCCCGGUGUCCGUCCUCCUGGCCCCCGUGGCCCUGCUCGUCCUGCUUUGGCCCUCAAAUUGGUUAACCGAAGCAUGCAGCUGCUCUCCCGUGCACCCCCAACAGGCCUUCUGCAACGCGGAUAUAGUAAUCCGGGCUAAGGCCAUCAGUGGCAAAGAAGUGGAUAGUGGGAAUGACGUUUAUGGGAAUCCCAUCAAAAAAAUUCAGUAUGAGAUCAAACAGAUCAAGAUGUUUAAAGGUCCUGAUAAGGAUAUUGAGUUCAUCUUCACUGCUCCAUCUUCUGCUAUGUGCGGUGUGACUCUGGAGACAUCUGGAAAGAAGGAAUAUUUGAUUGCAGGAAAGGCUGAAGGUGAUGGAAAGAUGUAUAUCACACUGUGUGACUUCAUUUUUCCAUGGCAUUCUCUGAGUGCAACUCAAAAAAAGAGUCUCAGCCAGCGAUAUGAGAUGGGCUGUGAAUGCAAGAUUUCACAAUUUUCUUUCAUUCCAUGCCUUCUCACUUCCCAAGACGAAUGCCUGUGGACCGAUUGGGUGACAGAGAAGAGCAUAAAUGGACGACAGGCAAAACACUAUGCCUGCAUCAAAUGCAGUGAUGGUUCUUGCUCCUGGUACCGAGGGAUAGCUCCUCCCAAACAGGAGUUCCUUGACAUAGAGGACCCAUAGCCCCAACUACUCUCAUGCCCCAGAUAUUAGCCCUGUGGGUCCAGAUCAGGAGGAAAAGAAGUGGGUAACUUAACAAGGCCCAGUACUGAUAUCCGUUCCUGAAAACCACGACCAAAUGAGAGUGGCUGUAUUGCAAACUGUCCUUGUGGGGAUUUAACCCCUACAUUGCUGAGAAGAUUGCAGCAUUGAAGGGAUUAAUUUCACCAGGACAGGGGGACCCAGACUCUCCCCACACUCCCCCCCCCCCCCCAUUCAGUUCAGUGCGCACAAGGCCCUAGGGAGAUUGCACCAUUUAUUUUGUGUAGCUGGUCUACAGCCUUUUCUCGCAAUGAGAAGGGAAGUUCUUUUUCUUAAACCACUCACAUUAUUUAGCUCCUUUUUUAUUUUUGUUUUAUCAAUUCCAGGAAGAGUGCAGAGCAGAAUUCUAGAUUGUGGGCCCUUUGUCUUAUCACGACCUUCCUUUGUAGCUAGAGAGGUAUUUGGUAUAUUUGUAUAAUUUAAAUUCCCUCACUUUAAGUAAUUUGUGUUGUGCAACAUAGCACCCCAACCUUUCUACAAAUACUGAUCUUUUUGUACAGAUUCAUUUAGACU